GAGGCAGUGAGCGGAGCGCCGGGGAGCCCGAGCCCCGGCAGCGGCGCAGGGCUGGAAAAACUCCCCGCAGGUGUUUUCCAGGCUCCCUUCCUGAAUGUCCCAGCUGCUGUGGAAGGCAGGAGGUGACUCAUGACCACCAAACAGUGACAGCCUCGGACCCCCCUGCUUCUGGCUGCUGGGAACAGCCUCUGGGCUCCUGUGGAGAUGAAUGGAGAACAGCAGUAUGAUGCAGAUGCUGGUUCCAGUGUGGAAGAAAUGGAAUUCAACUGGGAUGAGUAUCUAGAAGACACAGGAGCAACUGCAGCCCCCCAUGGAUCUUUUAAACACGUGGAUACAAGUUUGCAGAAUGGUUUUGCCCCUGGCAUGAAGCUGGAAGUCGCUGUCAAGUCUGACCAGAACACCUACUGGGUUGCCACCAUCAUCACCACGUGCGGGCAGCUGCUGCUGCUGCGCUACGACGGCUACGGCGAGGACCGCAAGGCCGACUUCUGGUGCGACAUCCUGACUGCUGACCUGCACCCCAUCGGCUGGUGCCAGCAGAACAAGAAGAUCCUCAAAGUGCCUGAAGGUAUCAAGGACAAGAUACCUGACCAGGAGGAGUUCCUUCAGCGGGUGCUGAAGGGGGCCUGCAGUGCCCCUGCUAACCUGCUGGAGGGGCUUCACAGAGGGAAAAAUCCACUGGAUCUGAUCGCGCCCGGCUCCCGCCUGGAGCUGCAGAACGCCCGGGACUCCCUGGAAGCCUGGAUCGUCACCGUGGUGGAAAACGUCGGUGGGAGGCUCAAGCUGCGCUAUGAGGGCCUGGAGGAUUUGGACAAAUUCGACCAGUGGCUCUUCUAUUUGGACCCUUUCCUUCACCAAGUGGGUUGGGCAGCUCAGCAUGGAUACAGCCUGCAGCCACCUUCAGCCAUUAGGUCCUUGAGGAGUGAAGCAGAUUGGCAAGAGAUCCUGAAGAAGGUGAAAGAGGAGGAGGAGGAGUCAUCUGUUCCUACAGAUCUUUUUAAGGAUAAACCUGUGAUUGGAGUGCACUCAUUCUCUGAAGGCAUGAAGCUGGAAGCUGUGGACCCAAUGGCUCCCUUUGUUAUCUCUCCUGCUACAGUUCUCAAGGUGUUCAAUGACAAAUAUUUCAUGAUAGAAAUCGAUGACUUGCGGGCGGAGCGCGCGAGCAGCCAGCGCUACGUUUGUCACCUCAACAGCGCCGGCAUCUUCCCGGUGCAGUGGAGCCUGAAGAACGGGCUGCACCUCAGCCCGCCCCCAGGUUACCCUGGGCAGGAUUUCGACUGGGCUGACUACCUCAAACAGUGCGGGGCCGAGGCAGCUCCCCAGAGCUGCUUCCCUCUGUUAACUUCUGACCAUGGAUUUAAAGAGAACAUGAAACUCGAGGCUGUGAACCCAGUUGAUCCUGAAGAAGUUUGCAUUGCUACAGUCACCAAGUUAAAAGAUUCAUACCUCUGGCUUCAGCUGGAGGGCUCCAAGAAACCUGUCCCUGAGUGUAUAGUGAGUGUGGAAUCAAUGAAUAUAUUUCCAGUGGGUUGGUGUGAGACGAAUGGAUAUCAGCUCAGGCCUCCUCGCAAAGCAAUAGUAAACAAGCAGAAAAAAAUUGCAGUAGUUCAACCAGAGAAACAAAUUUUAUCUUCAAGGACAGUUCAUGAUGGACUAAAGAACCAAGAACUGAACUCUUCUGACUCAGUGGUAAUUAACGGCAAGUACUGCUGCCCAAAGAUCUACUUCAACCACCGGUGCUUCUCGGGGCCUUACCUGAACAAAGGCAGGAUUGCAGAGCUGCCCCAGUCCGUGGGACCUGGGAACUGUGUGCUGGUGCUGAAGGAGGUUCUCACUUUAUUGAUCAACGCUGCCUACAAACCCAGCCGUGUCCUGAGAGAGCUGCAGCUGGAUGAAGAGGCUGCCUGGCAUGGCCAUGGAGAGACCCUAAAAGCCAAGUACAAAGGCAAGAGCUACCGUGCCACCGUGGAGGUUGUGAGGACGGCAGAUCGGGUGGCAGAUUUCUGCAGGAAAACCUGCAUCAAGCUGGAAUGUUGCCCAAACCUCUUUGGCCCUCAGAUGGUGCUGGAUAAGUGUUCAGAGAACUGCUCUGUCCUGACAAAGACAAAAUACACACACUAUUAUGGCAAGAGGAAAAACAAGCGGAUAGGUCGGCCCCCAGGCGGCCACAGCAACCUGGAAGUAGCCAUGAAGAAACCAAAUAAAAGACGGAAGAGACGAAAACAUUUCUUUGUUCAUAAGAAAAAACGUUCUUCCACAUCUGUGGAUAACACUCCAGCUGGAUCUCCCCAGGGCAGUGGGGCAGAAGAGGAGGAUGACCAGGAUGAGGUGGAUGAAGAGUCUCUGACUGAGGACAGCACCUCAGAGCACCAAGAUGAGCUGCUUGAAGAAUCAGAGGUGUCAGAGAAGAAAUCCCUGUCAUCCUCUCCCACCCAGAGUGAACUGUCUCAUUCCCUGGCUCAGGACCGAGACAAGCGGAAGAGGAAGCUCAGGACCUUCUCCUUUUCUGAUGAUGAAAACAAACCUCCUUCACCAAAGGACAUAAAGAUGGAAGUUGCUGAAAAGCUGCAGCUGGACAGUAACCCUCUGGAAUGGAGUGUGGCUGAUGUGGUACGAUUCCUCAAAUCCACUGACUGUGCUCCCCUGGCAAGGAUUUUCCUUGAUCAGGAAAUUGAUGGCCAGGCACUGCUGCUGCUGACCCUGCCCACUGUUCAGGAGUGCAUGGACUUGAAGCUUGGACCAGCUAUUAAACUCUGCCAUCACAUUGAGAGGGUCAAACUUGCCUUCUACCAGCAGUUUGCAAACUGAGGAGCAGCCAAGUUGAAGUGGACCUUUGAAGCACAACUACAAAACCAUGCUCCUUCUUCUCUAGCAAGUAAAGCCAAAUGAACUUAAACUGAGGCCUUGGUGACCUAAAAGUGUGUGUCAGCCUCACUUUUUUCUAUUUCAACAGAAGGAAGACAACAUCUGGAGCAAAAUGCCAAUGCAAACACAGGGGCUACUCUACCAGCUGCCAGCUUGGGAACACAAUAGUCUCUUGCUCUAUGGUUCCCUUUUUUUAAUGUAUUUUUUAAUGAUGACAGAAAAGUCUCCUCUUGUGGGAAAUGACAUUUCAAUAGUUCUGUUGGCACGGAACUUUAAAAGGAGAAACGGAUCCUGUUUACGUUCGCAUGUAGGCUGCCAGAAAUAACCUUUCUGUUCCUGAUGUUUCACAGAAUCCCCUGCCCUCCCUGUGGAUGAACACUUGCUUUACCACAGCACUGACUUUGGAAUGUGUUCUUUGCACAUUCGUGUGUUAAUGUUGAGAUUUUUAAUGAAUUUGUUCAUUGUUAGGACAACAAUGUGGCCACAGGGUUCUGAAUGUACAGUAUAGCAAGAGUGUGGUUCCUUUUGAAGUUUUUGUUUGUUUAUUUUGGUUUGUUUCACUGUUGUUGGUUUUGCUUUUGUUUUUACUACCUCUGUAGCCUGAACAGUAGAAGUGAUGAACUAAAAAGGGAGGGAACUGCUGUUUCUGGACAUGUGGUCCGUGGCUGCACAGCAGUCUGGCUUCUGUGGGCAUGUCCAGAGUGCAAACCAAUGUCAGCUUCUGUUCCAAAGCUUUAGCUGAAACUUCUGUAGGCAUAACCUGGAUGUUUCCUUUUUUCAGAUGUAAGAAAACUGAAUUAUUUUGCACUUCUCUUACAGGCAGGCUGUAGGACAUAAGGAAGGAAAGAGAAAGUGCCUCUGCAUUUUCUAUAUUUGGGUUGUCAAAUUUUUAUUUUUUUCUUUAUUGUAUGAAGUUAUUUCCUUUUUCUUCUAGCAAACAAUUGGGCCAUGUAGAUAGAGCCUGUCAGCAGACUUUUGCUUUGCUACCUGAACAUCUAUUUAGAGAAUACACUAAGGAAACUGCAAUCAGUAGAGGACUGCAACAUAGCUCUGCCAGUGUUUGCAUUCUGCAAACUCUUAUGAGCUUGACUUUGUAUUUUUAACUAUCUACAGAUGCUCAGGAUCAGACUUGAUGAAAAUUUGGUGAGUUGGAAUGGGAUUUGUGUGCUUUUAUUACAGAAAAGGAAAAGGACCAGUGGGGCAUCUUCGUUCCAUCAGUAGACUCACAGUAGGAUGAACUGCUGAUUUUAAUUUUCUGUGGUAAUAAAACCCAAUCAGCCACUUGCUGUAGGCCAAUGCUUUGCAUUUGGAGUAACAGGGCUUAUGUUACUUUCCAUUAAAGGUGUGGGGAAACUCACAUCAGGCUCAAGAUCUGCAUCACAUCAGUGCUGAGUUUCAGCUGGCUUGCAUUCAUUCACUCUGCCUGUUCUCAGAGUGUUUGCAGGAGCACAGGCAGGAGCUGGAUGUGUGCAGCUCUGCUCCUUUAUGUCCUGUUCAAAUCUAUCUCUGCAGGAAGCUCCUGGCCCAUGAAUGCAUGUGAGUUGGGAAGGUGCUUGCUGCAGGAAUGGCUUUAGGAAGGUGCUUGCUGCAGGAAGGGCUUUAGGAAGGAUGCAGUUAUUGGGUUCUGAUGAAGAGGGAUGACUCUGCUCAAAUGGAAUGAUUGGAGUGUCCCUUAGGCCCAGUGUGACUGGCCAUUCCAAAGCUGUGAGCUGCAGGAUUCAGCAGGAUGUGCUCUGUGGGCUCAGAGCUGAGUGCCACAGCCUGUGACUUCACCUGCCCCCUUGGUGCUGAGGGGGAGCUGCCUCCAGUGAAAAGCAGAGCUCAGUAACUGGGGCUGGUUGCUUUUGCCCCUUACAGUAACUGCCUAGUCAAGGCAGAACUAUUCACACAAUUAUUAAAAUCAGAUUUUUUUUUUCAUUCCAGAAUCAAAAUGUCAGAUUAUUUAUAAGCUGAAUAUUGCUGAGGGAGGGCAGUGUGUAGCUAGGACAAUUUUUCUCCCAUAUUGUAAGCAGAGUGUGAAGACACAAUUAAAUUGAAAUCAAAGUGUCCCUUUUUCCUCCUUACACCAGAUAUGUGGCCAAUAAAUGGAUGAUUUGGCUCUUCAUAUUGUGCUUAGAUCAUUUGCCUGUACUCCAGUCCCUUAGGACAAACUCAUUCAUAAGCCAUUAGGCUUGAAAAAAUUUCUAAGGAAACACUGCUGGUUUGCUGUCAGCAUCUUGUCUUGAGAAAUUUGACCAGCAGAGAACUUCUGGGCUGCAAGAUGAUGCUUUUGGGUCAGUGCAGUAGAAUUCCCAGAGUUCUGUUGUCCUGGUGCCCAGCAGGAUUGCCCUGCAUAGCCAGGAGAAGUUGCUUCCACCUUUCCCCAUGGACAGAUAGAUGUCUUUUUAAGUAGCUGUCAGGAGAGAACAGAGCUGAGCAUGUCAUUUAGUGGACCUGUUAACAUGGUGCCUGGGGUUUUAAAUACAAAUGUCAUACUCCUUUUCUCAGUAAAUAAAGCAGUCAGCAGUUUCAGCCCUUAGUGGGAUACUCACUGGUCACCUUUGGCAUGUUUUAUAGGCUGGAUUUUUCUGCCUUGUUUUGGGAGGCACUGACAGUCUGGUCCCAAUGGGAUCUAUUUGUGUUGAGAUUUUCAAAAGGGAUGUUUUCAUUAUUUGUGAAAUGUUUUUAUGCUGCACACGGGUACUGUACACUCUGUUUCCUGGAAAAAAAUGCACUCUGUUUUAUUGCUGGAUUUAAAAGGGAUAAUUGGGGCUUUAUCUUGAUGGAUGGUGUUUCUGACUCUGUUUCAAGUUCUUGACUCUGUUUCAAGUUCCUCUUUCUCUGUGCGUGGCAGAUGACACAACUGCACUUACUUGUUCAUCUUACUCCAGUAUGACUUGAAAUGAGCUCACGUGCUGCUUUAGUCACUCUUUAUUCAAAACUGGAUUUUGUGUAGCUGGUGGCUGAAUCUUGGAUUUGGGUGACAGCAAUGUUUCACCAUCAGAAAUCACUGAGCCUGCAGUCAUUUAGGGUUCAGGGGUUUGUGCUGUCCUCUAGCACAUAAUUCACCAUACAGUACAACAAAGCUGGAGUCCAGGAGAGAGGCACUGAUGUCUUAACAAAUGUCUCCAGUACAAGAAAAUGAACUCUCCACUGAGCCUUGUGUACUGUUAAUGUGGCUGGUAACAGGAGUUUACCCUUGGCUUGACCCACUGAGGUUUGUGUUCUUGCUUGUCAUGUUUUCAUAUGCAUUGUGCAGUCCUGGGUUUGCACAUUGUAGCUUUAGAAACCUGGUGGUGCCGCUUUGGCUGGGCUAAGCUUAGCCUUGUUAGGCAGGAGGAUUUUGCUGGGUCACUGUUGUGUGCUUUCUGCACCAACUCAAGGAUUCUGUAACAGAGAAGUAUUUGACCUCCAAAAAUGCCAUGGGGGUUUCAUGUGGUAGAAUUAUUCCCAAAGCACAAGCAGCUUGCAGCCCAUCCUAAACUGAAAGCAGUCCUUCCAGGAGAGGAGAGGUACAGCACUGAUCUUGGUGAAUGAAGUUACUUUUUUCCUAUCUCUAAACAUUUCUGAAAGUUCCUCUUCGAGGAAUUAAAUAAAAGGCAGAUUAAUUUCUGUUGAAUACACCUCGCUGCAAAUUUCUGUAUUGUAUAGAACCCCAGGAGUGUUUGCAGUCUCUCCUGAGGUUAAUGGAAACAGUACAUACAGAGUUUGGGAGUGGUUUUAAAGAUUACAUUCUCUGUCACAACUUUUAGCAGUAUUUUGUUGUUGUUUUAGGAUUUGCUAGUGUUUGUUCUUUAUUCCAGUGAUGCUUUAAAGGAGGGAAGGAGUAUUUAGCUGCUAGGUCCACAGAAGUGUAAAUAAACUUACAGGCAAUUGGACUGAGCACUCCAUUCUUCUGUAUGAAGUACAAGCCUUGGUACUUUGUUGGCAGAAAGCCCAGUGGCUUGUGAGAUUUUUGAAUGUAAUGGAAUAGGCUUCAAAACUAUCGAGCUCGCGUUGGAGACUGGAUGGAUACCUUUGGACCAAAUCUGUUGUUACUAAAUGAAGUAGCCUUACCAGAAAGCCAAAAAUAUGAUCCUGUACAAAGCUACUCCUUAACCAGUCCUGUCACAAAGUGUCAGCCUGGUUACUGCCUACUGUGAGCUCAGAGUACCUAAAAGUAACUAAGCACAAAGACAUAGGCUGGGUCAUUUGACCUCAGAUGUAGGAUGAAGGCUCCCUUACAGGGGACUGUGUGCUGACCCCUUGUUUCAGAGUGCUGCUGCCCUUCCCCAAACUUGCAUGCAGCCUUUGGGUGAAGGAUUGGGAACACCAGAGACAAGAAGCCUCUUUUAUUGUUGUAAAACCAAAAUACCAAUCUGUAUCAAACACAGCAAAAAUGAGUUAAGGUUAGUGACACUUUGUCUCCCUGGUCAUUUUGGUGGUAUCUGUUCUGAAAUGCACCAGACAUGCAAGUGGACUUUGGAUGAGAAGACGAAGUUGCUCAGUCCAGGUGCCCAGGCAGCAGUGUUUGGCCCAGCUUUAAACCAUGGAAGUGAGCAGAUCUGUGCUGACAGAGCUCCAGGGCUGUGGGACUGAGUGACUUAGCACAAACAAUGGCACCCCUGGCCUGGCACAGACCAGGGGGAGCAGCCCUGGGGCUCGGGGUCAGCACUGAGCUCUGGGCACAAAGGAAUUCUCACCCACUCUGAAAGUUGUUGAGCACCAGUUUCCAAGAAACCUCAUGGCAAAACAAACAAAAAAAAUCUGGAGGUGUCAUGUUUCUCCUCUCCUUUUUAAUUCCUUUUUUUAUUAUUAUUUCUGUUUAAAAUAAAUUUUAAAUAAUCUCUAUAGACAAUCAGAGGUCUUCUAGGAAUCUCUACCCAAAAGGGUGCCAGCUCCACACCUGUGGGCCUCUUUCUUAUACUAACUCAUUGGAACUGAUGCACUUUUCCUGUAUUUUGCCUUUUUUAAUUAGCUGCUUGUUCUUAAACAAAGAUUUAAAUGCAUAUUGUGUUGUGUCCCUUCUGCUUGUUUUAUCUUUCUUUAUCUUUUAAAAGAAAAAAAUAUAUAUGCAGUGAGACUGAAGUACUACAUGGAAGAGAAACAUGCACAAGAAAAUAUGCCUAUUAAGUCCCACCAUUGUUUGAGCAGGUGUAACAAUUUAAUCAGAGGAUUUUUUUAAAAAAUAUUUUGGAUGGAUAUUUUACUUG